GAUUACUUAAUCCCUGAAAACCGGAUGUGUCAGCACAUAACUUUGCAGAGGGUGCUUGCCGGCUAAAUUCACUUCUAAAUUCGUACUAUUAUUCCAUUAUGUUAGAAUGGCGACUGCUGCUUGUGGUCGUCAGUGUUCAAGCGGUGAUACUGCCAAAACACACAAAGAACACCUCAGAAAAGGCAAAGAUUCACGACGGAGACAAGCGGCUCUUUUGUUCCUAAACAACAUCUCUCUAGACGGACGGCCUUUGUAUCAUCUCAGCAAUGGAAACCAACGGGACGCUACGGAGCUCCGAAGUCGAGAAACAGCCGGGGUAUAUGCGACUGGUCACCCUCCUGUCUCACCGAGUUGUUACGGAACCUUCCCCCAUGUGGCACCCUCCUUGGCCAGUGGCACAGCUACGACAGUGGCGCGGAUCCGGCGAAUGAGCCCAGUGCCUCCUAAUUUAAGCAUGCCUACGGACACGGGCUCUUAUGCUGCUGUGGGAUGCAGUGAGGUGUUUAUUGAGGGUGUAGACACAGCAGUACCAUCAGAUACCCCUCUUUCCCCCACCUUUGGACCUCAGACCUUCAAUCCUAGUGCCAAAUCCCCAUCAGUGCACCAGACUCAGAAUGUCGUGCCGGGGGAUAGGCCUACACGACAAAGAUCACGGAACCUUUCAGGUUCUCCAGGACCUGCAAGGGUGGCCAAGAAGGUCCAUUUCAUCAAAAGUAUGAGACAGUAUGACACAAGAGGCAGCAGGAUCAUGCUGAUUUGUGCCAAGCGGUCUCUAUGUGCUGUUUUCUCAGUGCUGCCCUAUGGAGAGAGUAUUCACCUCAGUGACCCAAAGCAGGAGGCUCACAGACAACGGCUGUCUUCUGGAGUUGGCUCUGAGCUUUUCCCCGGCCUGGAGGGUCUGGAGGUGGAGCUAGGCCAAUAUGGAAAGACUGUAUCAUACGCCCAGUUCCUUUUUCCCACAAAUGCCCUGGUGAGACCUAAGACCAGUGGCGCACAGGAUCCCAGCACAACACAGACCCCGCUGUCCCGUUACCGAGGCAACGGCCAGAAGAACUUCACCAUGCCACCUCGACUCAACAGCACAGUGGGACCGGACCCCAGUAUUGAAGACCUGUCAGAUUAUGAUCCCUACCUACUCAGUGACCCACAGUGGCCUUGUGGGAGACACAAGAGAGUUCUUAUAUUCUCAUCAUAUGUGGCAACGGUUAUUGAGUAUGUCAAGCCAUCAGACCUGAAAAAGGACAUGAAUGAAACGUUCAAGGAGAAGUUUCCCUAUAUCAAACUGACCCUCAGCAAGAUAAGAAGCCUAAAGCGGGAGAUGCGUUCAGUGGGAGAAGAGUGCAGUUUGCAGCCUGUCACAGUGGCCAUGGCCUUUGUGUACUUUGAGAAGCUGGUGCUGCAAGGUCGUCUGAACAAGCAGAACAGGAAGCUGGUGUCUGCAGCCUGCGUCCUGCUGGCCGCCAAGAUCAGCAGUGACCUGAAGAAGCAGGAGGUGCGACAGCUGAUUGAUAAGCUGGAGGAGCGUUUUCGCAUAAACCGUCGGGAGUUGAUUCCAUUGGAGUUUCCUGUUCUGGUUGCCUUGGAGAUGGGGCUGUACCUCCCUGACAGCAAGGUCAUGCCACACUACCGCAGGCUGGUACAGCAGGGUUAGGACAGGCCUGGAUGUGGCCCAGAGAAAUGGCCGCUUUGGAUGUUUCUGCAUCGACAUUUUGUCUAGUUGGAUUAACCAUUAAAAGUUUGUCCUCUUUAUUUCUUUACGUCAUUGUUUCCAAUAGCUGAAAUCCAUAUGGAUAAUUUCUGAAAAACUGGGCCCUGAUAAUAUUCAUUAGAAAUGAAUAUCAUUUUUGUGGUAGGGGUUUAGGGGACAGUUGGUAGAACAGGACCAGCUAUUCCCAUUUUGGUGUGAACAUGACAGAUACGGUAUUAUUGAGGAUUUGGGAGUUGAUGCAGAGGAAAUGCCAACUGAAAUCUUAAACAGAAAAAAGGUUCUACGGGUAAACUGCUUGAAAAUGGCAUUUUGUUUUUUAAGUGUUUCUGCUUUAUUUAUACAGUUUUUUUAAAUGGGUAGGUAGACUCGGGGUAGAGAGACAGGAAAUCCAACUCUAAGACUGGACAGUCAAAACACGUGACUCCCGCACUCUGAUAAGAAAUGUCACAGCAGUUAGUUGCUGCUUAUUCUAUUUUUACCUGUGGAAAUAAUUCUGAACUUAAAAACUCUUUAAAAGAGAGGCCUGAUGAGGUACAAUGUGAUACAAAUGUUAUUGUAUUUGUUGUGAUGUUAAUGUUUGCAAAAUCCGUUCUGAAUAUUUUAACUGCUCUGAAGUAUAUCUCCAUCCAAAGGUACAGAAAAAGAAUUCAUGUAAAUGGUGCCUGGCAUUCGUAUCGUUGCUCUUUAUUGCUUGUGUCAAUAUUACUAUUGCUUAAUUCACUGUGAAAAUGACACAUCAAUUGUUAAUAUGAUUGUGAUUUUGGACUUGAUUGUAUGCCUGAGUUUAGAGAGUUUUGGGAGUGCCAUUUAACUCUACUGUAGAAUAAUAUUUGUUCUCUAUCAAUUGUUAAGAAUUUCUGAAAUUAGAUGGAUUUCAGUGAUUUUAUUUAUUGUGUGUGUGUGUGUGAGAGACUAACAAUUUUAAUAAUUUCAGUCCUGUAUCCACUAGCAACCAGGAUUUGCAAUAGGAUUGGCAAUAAUGCUCUCACCACCAUGUUUUAAUGUACUGGAUCUUCUUUGAGCCAGUGCUUUUAAGUUCUCAGGAAAUAUUUCAGAAUUAAAGCUUUCUUUUUCCAUGGAUUUAGGGUGAACGUUAUUUGUAUCACUACAUUUGUCUAUGUUCUAAAAUGUAGUUUUUCCUAUUUACAAUAAUUGUAUAUUUCUCGAGUGUUUGAUGAUGCCACUAAACAUACAGUAAGUGCCUAAAACCACAAUGUAUCUGUCUUAUUCCCUGUUGUAAUUCACUGUCCUGUUGCUUUCGGGUGUUGUUGGACCUUACCUCUGAAUAUCAAGAAAAAUUGUAGACUCUGCAUAAUAUAUUGUUGUAUCUCCUGUCAAGUGUUAUGUGAAGGUUAUUGUUCUGAGCAAUCUUGGAUAAUGUUUUGUACCAUAAUUCAGUGAAUUACUUAUUUCACUGUGGUGUGAAUUGAUAUCCCUGUUUUGUAAAUGUAUGGUAAAUUUACCUCAUGUUUAAUGGUAGACCUGUUCCAACUGUGCUCAUUUGGAUGGUGUCAAUUUUGUAAAAGUUGUUUUUCUUAAAUUAUCAAAUGUUUUUGAAAUAUAUUUUCUGACCAUUAA